AGUGAAAGGAAUGACGAGCAAGCACAGCGUCAACUUCUUAUAAAUUUUGUUGUAUAUAAUUUUUAAACACCCUCAUUUAGCACUUAGUAAGAUAAAUAACGUUUUUUAUUACCAAUAGAAGUUAAGGCUAUGCCCAUGAGCCGUAUGAACUCCCCUGCGGUCGGUAUGGACGACGACGGUGUCGCAGGACACGCGCUUAGCGAUUUUCUCCUUCAUUUAGAGAACUAUAACCCUUCUAUACCAGAUUCUGUUGUAGCUCAUUAUUUGAAUAUGUCUGGAUUCGAAUCUCAAGAUCCUAGGCUAAUUCGUCUAAUAGCGAUUGCAGCACAGAAAUUCCUCUCGGACAUAGCAAAUGAUGCCCUACAGCACUGUAAGAUGCGGACAUCUAGCCAAAUAAACCAGAAUUCAAAAAACCCUAAGGGCUCUAAGGAGAAGAAGUAUGUUAUGACCAUGGAAGAUCUUGUACCAGCAUUACAGGAAUACGGAAUAACAGCGAGAAAGCCACAUUACUUUGUUUAAUAUCAAAUUUUAUUGUACAUUAAGCUGAUUUAUAGUGCAUUGACCUUACCUUAUGCAUAGAGCUGACGAUGACAGCAGACCAAUGGUUAGCAAAAUUGAAGCGGGACCGGGUUCAAUUUUAGAUGACUUUAUGAACUAUCUUGUUUUAAAUUGGUUCAGUUUUGGGUAGUGCCAUCCGGAAGGUUUAUUACUCUGUAGUACAAGGAACUUUAACACUAGGUGAUUGAUAUGCAGAUACAUAAUAAAAGCUUGUUUUCGUGUUAUUAUAAAAAGUCAUUCCAUGGUGACACGGGCAAGUUUUCUCUCUCACUAAUGAUAUUUAUAAAUGUCUUUGAAACUUAAAAAAUAAUCUAUAAUAUUGAAUAUCACAAUGUUUUACGACCAUGAAAUUAAAUUAUUUUUUGUAAAAUUACUGUUUUUGCCAACGUGCAAUCGGUCUUAAAUAAGACCAUAAGCAAUAAUUUUUUUUUUAUAAAUUUUAUGCCUUUAUGUGGAAAACUAUUUAGCCCAGUUUGUUGAAUCCUUGUGAAACUACUACUAGUUUGUUAUAAUUAUUAAUACAAAGUUGAACACAAAGAAACAUUCGUUCGAUCCGCCAUGGUUAGAACCAGCGACCUCGCCAAACCGUGCCAGUACUUUUCUGGACGAACUCUCACAAGUAGCUCUAGUGCUACUAGGUCUAAACUAGUUAAUAAAAGAGGGACUAUAUUAUUAUGAUUUAUUCACAGGAGGGCGACGAAUUUUUAAUUAAGAAUGCUAUUUUUUAUUUAUUUAAAAAUGUUGAAUACAUCUCUAUUGAGACGUAUAAAUUUAAAAGUUGAAGGAAAGAACUGUAAUUAAAAGUCAUGUUCCAUGGAAUGACUACAAAAUCUAUUUUGCGUACGUAGUACAGUGAUGAGCACAUCAAGACUGAGACUUUAGACUGUUAUUAACGCGACUGGUAUAGAGUUGAAUUUAAAUAUUAGUGUCAGUCUUGACGUACUCUGUACUUUCAAAUUGCAGCAACUAGGCACACGUAAGCCUUUUCUCACACGAGGCGACAGUCGCGGCGGGCGACAAAUAUCAUAUGUUUAUAAUUGCCACAAAUUAAAAAUUAACAUUUUAGUACAAAACAAUUUUGGACAUGGUGUGUGUAACGUUCAAAUUAGAUGCUUGUAGAAACGCUGCAGUACGUUAUAUUUCACUAAUUAUGACUGCUUGCAAAAGUGGCGCGCGACUUAAUCAAAAGUAAAAGUUCUGACGGGAACUGUUUCUUGUGGUCAGAUGACGGUACAAGAACUCAGAUCACCAAUACCGUGAACUAUAUAAAUUUAGCU